AGACCCGUCAACUGGCCUAGGCCAACAAACCCAAGCCAAUCCCUCUCUCUUCAUCUCAUUAUCGCAAACCCUUUUUUCCUUUUUAUCUCUCUCCUUCGAUUGGGUGCUCUCUCUCCCUCGACUCGUCUCCAUCGAAGCGGCGGUCGCAACCUCUACUCUCUCCGGUAAGCGCUGUCAAUAACCCCCCUCUCUACAGCUCUAUCUCGCAUGGCAGCCCCGGAAUUGUUCAUCUUCUUUUGCGAUUUCUAGAGAUUCUCUCCUCGUUGUUCUGUCCCCCAAUUUCUAGGUUUUCGUUUUUUUUCUUUCUAUAAUUUGACCGGGAACCUUCUGAAGCUGCGUAUUACUACUUUUCGUGGUCUACUCUGUAUUAUUUGAUGUUUUUUGCUUAUUUUUUCAACUUGUAUUGAUUUGGAUCUGAGAUUUCUGGUUCGGGGUUUCCUGCUGCUUUGUUUUGUGAUUUAAAAUCGGGGAAAUUUGUUGUACGUUGCUAAUUGGGGUUUAGGGUUGGUGUUGGUGUUUUACCUAUCGAAUUUCGUUGCGGAUUGGAUUUUUCUGCAUAUUUGCAACUUUGAAAUUUAGUUGCAUAAACAUGGCGGCCGGCAGACAUGGAGGUUAUCGCGACAACGAGUUUAGAGAACGGGAGUCGAAUUUUGAAUUGUCGAGGCGGGAUUUCCCUACUGCUAAGGAGGAUUACGAGCGCAUUAGGAAUGGUAACCGUGAUAAUGAUAGGGGUAGAGUUCGGGAUGUAAGGGAUAAGAAUAGGGCUAGGCAGAAGGAUGUUAAAGAGAGGGAAGGAGUAAAUGGUGAGCAUCGCUUAUCUUCGAGUAGGAGUGAUUCAGGCAGUAGUGGUGGUGAUGGUGAUGGUCGCCGGGGACCCAAGCGAUGUGGGUUCUCUGCGAAGGCUGUAGAUAGAGAACCGGGUGAAUUGUCGAGUGAGAGUGGGUCCGAUGAGGCCAUUGAGUCAGAAUCUCUUGUUGUCAAAGAUACUGAGGUUUUGAAAAUGGAAAAUGGAUCGAGGUCUUCUGUAGAGCGGAAAAGGAAGUUUUCACCUAUAAUAUGGGAUAGAGAUGACAAAGUGAUUAAUUCUACAAAAAGUAGGACGUCAACAGCAGUUACAGCUCUACCUCCUCCUCCGCCCCUGCCUAAGGUAUUUCGUCAGUCUGUUAUUCCUGAUGGUAGUGUACAAAUUUCUCCAAUUAAACAUAGUCACAAUGAGGAUCUACAGUCUUCCUCUCCAGUUGACCGUUUGGCAGCACCUGAGACAGAUGGGUGUGUCGUGAGUGAGUCACCCGUUGAGCUAUCUUCCAUGUUGCUGAAGCAACAAUUGGAAAACGACCAAGAAACAGAGCAACCAGAGGAUGAAGAUUAUGUUCCUACCCGAAAUAUAUCAUCAUCCAGAUGGGCAGCAGGAAAUAGCUCUCCUGGUGAUGAAGGUGAAAUUCUGGAUGAGGAAGAAAUGCCAAAAAGGAGAAAAAUGCCUGUUCCGGAGUCAUUGGGUAACAGUGUACGCAAUAAGUCGUUAACUCCUGAGCUUGGGGAGUUUAAGAGAGAUGACUCUGAAAUAAGAGGCAGAUCAUCUGAAUCGGAUGAACGGAGUGCUCAUGCUCGGUCUUCUAUUGCGGAUGACUACCCUGAUAAUGAUGCAGAGAAGGGUGAUUCCAUGGAUGUUGACGAGGAGAAUCAUCAAAAUAAUACUAAUUAUAGUCAUUCUGAUACAGAUUCCGAGGAUGACAGUGAUUCUCUCGAGGCGCCUGAUACCCCAGCCCCUCCGCAAAGAAGUGUAAAUAUGCUUCAGGGUUGUAGAAGUGUUGAUGAGUUUGAGAGACUAAACAAGAUAGACGAAGGCACUUAUGGUGUGGUAUAUAGGGCUAAGGAUAAGAAAACAGGGGAAAUUGUAGCUUUGAAGAAGGUAAAGAUGGAGAAGGAGAGAGAAGGUUUUCCUUUGACUUCUCUUAGGGAAAUUAACAUUCUUCUUUCUUUCCAUCAUCCAUCAAUUGUAGAUGUUAAAGAAGUGGUGGUGGGGAAUAACCUAGAUAGCAUCUUUAUGGUGAUGGAGUACAUGGAACAUGAUCUGAAGGCACUCAUGGAGACGAUGAAGCAACCAUUUAGUCAGAGUGAAGUUAAAUGCCUUAUGCUUCAAUUGUUGGAAGGUAUAAAGUAUCUUCAUGAUAAUUGGGUGCUUCAUCGGGAUCUGAAGACAUCGAAUUUGCUUUUGAAUAAUCGAGGUGAGUUGAAGAUAUGUGAUUUUGGGUUGUCUCGUCAAUAUGGAAGUCCGUUGAAGCCCUAUACUCAUUUGGUCGUAACUCUUUGGUACAGGGCACCUGAACUUCUAUUGGGAGCAAAACAAUAUUCAACAGCUAUUGACAUGUGGUCAUUGGGUUGUAUCAUGGCUGAACUAUUGUCAAAGGAACCACUAUUUAAUGGGAAAACUGAAUUUGAUCAACUUGACAAGAUUUUUAGAAUUCUUGGUACACCAAAUGAGACAAUUUGGCCCGGAUAUUCGAAGUUGCCAGGUGUCAAGGUCAAUUUUGUUAAGCAUCAGUAUAAUCUGUUGCGUAAGAAAUUCCCACCAACAUCAUUUACUGGAUCUCCAGUUCUUUCUGAUUCUGGGUUUGACUUGUUGAACAAGCUUCUGACAUACGACCCUGAGAGGCGAAUUACAGCUGAAGCUGCUUUGAAUCAUGAGUGGUUUCGUGAAGUUCCUCUUCCCAAGUCGAAAGAGUUCAUGCCUACCUUUCCAGCUCAACAUGCACAAGACAGGCGCGUGCGAAGAAUAAUGAAGAGUCCAGAUCCUUUAGAAGAGCAGCGUAGAAAAGAGUUGCAGCAGGGAGAAUUAGGGGCUGGUGGCGUGUUUGGUUAAGAGACACUGGUGACAAGGAUAUAAGUACCGCACACCUAUUGUUUACAACUCUGACAAAUUGUCUAUGGUUGAGGUGAGAGACAUGCCUAGAGAGGAAGUUGCAAACAUUGUAACUUAGACAAUCAUUCGUGCUGUUUUUUAGCAGGCACUUCGAGAAGAUUUGGGUGGGGGAUAUGUUUCUUUGACUACUCUCAAUUCUCAACCAGAUUGUUGCAGGUUAACUCUUUUUUUUUUCAGCUUUUGUCAUCGUAUGAAAGUGCAUUGCUGGCACUACUUCGCUUGAGGGGUGUGGCAUAAUUACCUUUUUUUUAAAAAGUGAUAAUCAGUUUCAGCUGAAUCUUGUGUAUGUAACAUAAUUUCAUUGGUACAUUGUAAACAAUUUUAUUCAGAUUUGGUUUUGAAUAUUA